AUGGAUAGCAUCAUAAUUAACAACUUAACUUAUAAUUAUUAUCACCCACUACGAAAAACACGAAUUCAGGCUCUAAGCGAUUUAAACCUUGUAUUUGAAAAGGGUAUGCGAAUUCUUGUUUGUGGAAAAAAUGGAGCUGGAAAAAGUACCUUAUUAAGCAUUUUAGCUGGAAAAAAGCUUGUAAAAGAGGAAUCUGUUUCAGUUUUUAAUAAACCAGUUUUCCACGACCUUUCAUUAAACGAUAGAAUAGGAUAUGUUGGAGAAUGGUGGAAUGAUGAAUAUGCCAUGAACAUCACAAUUAAAAGCAUGUUUGCUCAAUAUGCUGAUUCGAAGAGAUAUAAAAAAUUAAUGAAAUUGUUUGACAUAGAUGAUAGUAAAGUUAUAUCUGGUAUUUCUAAGGGACAGAAAAAAAAAGUUCAAAUUGUAUCUACUAUAAUUAAAAGAAAAGAUAUUUAUAUUUUUGAUGAAGCAGCAGAAUCCUUAGAUUUAAUAUCUAGAAAAGUUUUACUCGAUUUUUUGAAAAAUGAAUCUAUUAAAUACAAGUGUAUUAUAAUUUAUUCAACUCACAUAUUUGAUUGUAUGGACAAAUGGUCUACCCAUGUUUUAUAUUUGGCAAAAGGGUCAAUAUCUUUUUUUUCAGAUAUAAACAGUAUUGUAAGUGAUAACAAAUACAUUUCAAUGGCUGAUUUUGUUUUUGACAAUAUGAUGGAUGAGACAAACAAAAAUGAUAAAACUUACAAUAUUGAAGAAAUUUUGAAUCUAGAUUCUGAAUAG